AGAUCUGGCUAUUGAGUCUCGGGACUUUGUCGCGAUCGGACGUACAGCGGAAUUCAUUGGGAGUUUUUUCUUUCGUACCUUAGCCCAAUUAGUUUAUGGCGGAUAUAAAGUGUGAGCUCGUUUGAUCAUGGAGCUGAAUAACGUUACCAUCGAGGUCGGCAGUGAUGCGUCCAAGUCCCACACUCAAGCCGCCAACACGCCUUCUAGUGAUGAAAAGCCCAAACCGCAACUACUUUACGCCAUCAACGACAAUCCCCCAUGGUACCUGAGCAUCUUCCUCGCAUUCCAGCACUACCUGACCAUGAUUGGAGCCAUCGUUUCCAUACCCUUCAUCCUGACGCCGGCGCUGUGCAUGUCAGAUGAGGACCCCAACAGGGGCAUCAUCAUCUCCACCAUGAUCUUUGUCACGGGCAUCGUCACCUACUUCCAGGCGACGUGGGGCGUCCGACUGCCCAUUGUCCAGGGUGGAACCAUCUCGUUCCUGGUCCCCACCCUAGCCAUUCUGGCCCUGCCGCAGUGGAAGUGUCCGCCGCAGGCCGAGAUGGAUGCCAUGGAGGAGGCGAAGCGGGAGGAGCUGUGGCAAGUGCGGAUGCGGGAGUUGUCCGGGGCCAUUGCCGUGUCCGCCAUGGUGCAGGUCAUCCUGGGCUACACUGGACUGGUGGGUAAGAUCCUCAAGUACGUUACUCCGCUCACCAUUGUACCCACUGUCUCGCUGGUGGGCCUCACGCUUUUCGAGCACGCGGCGGAUACGGCUUCCAAGCACUGGGGCAUCGCUGUGGGUACCACCGCCAUGCUGACGCUCUUCUCGCAAAUAAUGUCGAAUGUGUCGGUGCCAAUUUUGGCCUACCGCAAGGGUCACGGAUUGGAGGUGCGCCAGUUCCAGUUGUUCCGCCUCUUUCCCGUCCUGCUGACCAUCAUGAUAAUGUGGGGCCUGUGCGGCAUUCUGACAGCCACCGAUGUCUUCCCUCCGUCACAUCCCUCGCGAACGGAUGUGCGCCUCAAUGUGCUGACCAGUGCGAAGUGGUUCUAUGUGCCGUAUCCGGGACAGUUUGGCUGGCCCUCGGUGACGCUGUCCGGCGUUCUGGGCAUGUUGGCCGGAGUACUGGCCUGCACGGUGGAGUCGCUGAGCUAUUAUCCCACGGUGUCACAGAUGUCGGGCGCCCAUUCGCCACCACUCCAUGCCAUCAAUCGUGGCAUUGGCACCGAGGGACUGGGCACUGUUCUCGCCGGACUCUGGGGCGCUGGAAACGGAACCAACACUUUCGGGGAGAACGUUGGCGCCAUCGGGGUUACCAAGAUUGGAUCGCGUCGUGUUAUCCAGUGGGCCGCUUUGAUUAUGGUCCUUCAGGGCGUGAUUGGCAAGUUUGGAGCCAUCUUCAUCCUUAUUCCCGACUCAGUGGUGGGCGGCAUCUUCUGCGUGAUGUUUGGCAUGAUAAUUGCCUUCGGCCUAUCCACACUGCAGUACGUGGACCUGCGAUCCGCUAGGAAUCUCUAUAUCCUGGGACUAUCCAUAUUUUUUCCAAUGGUUCUGUGCCGCUGGAUGCAGAAGAAUCCUGGAGCAAUUGACACCGGAAACACGACCGUGGACUCCACACUGUCGGUGCUUUUGGGCACCACAAUUCUUGUGGGAGGAGUUCUGGGGUGCCUGCUGGACAACGUGAUACCGGGCACUCCGGCGGAGCGGGGUCUGAUCGACUGGGCAAAUGAGAUGCCCCUGGGCGAUGACAAUAUCAACGAUGGCACCGCCACCGACUAUGAUUUUCCAUUUGGCAUGGAUGCCAUUCGCCGGUGGAAGUGGACGUACUACAUUCCCUUUAUGCCCACCUACAAGCUCCAAAAGCAAAGUUGAUCACGGGGGGUCAUUAGUCGGAUUAUUAGAAUUGCAGCCGUGGGAUAACAAGCAAAUAAGAACAAUUCAAUUGGUGA